CAGAGAGAGAAGGGGCAGGAGAGAGAGGGAAGGAAGGUCACCACAGGUCAGCAACUACCUGAGAGUUUCAGCUUCUACUCUUAGCAACUCAUCAGUAUUCACUGCCCGUCACCUUGGAAAAAGAAAAAAAAAGAAAAAGACACUGCUACUUACAACUCAUCAGCAAGUAAACUAAACUUAAAACAUAGUAGAAGCCACAGCAGCUGAAGCUGAUCCCCAGGUAGCAUGAAUAGCAUGAACCAGAUAGAUACAAACAUGCAGUACACCUACAACUAUGAAGAAGAUGAGUACAUGACCCAAGAAGAAGAAUGGGACAGGGACCUGCUCCUGGACCCAGCAUGGGAGAAACAGCAAAGGAAGACGUUUACAGCCUGGUGCAAUUCCCACCUCAGGAAGGCAGGCACGCAGAUUGAGAACAUUGAGGAGGACUUCAGAAAUGGCCUCAAACUGAUGCUCCUCUUGGAAGUUAUCUCAGGGGAAAGACUACCGAAACCAGACAGAGGGAAGAUGCGCUUCCAUAAAAUUGCUAAUGUCAACAAAGCUCUGGAUUAUAUUGCCAGCAAAGGAGUGAAACUUGUGUCAAUUGGUGCAGAAGAAAUUGUUGACGGCAAUGUGAAAAUGACACUGGGUAUGAUCUGGACUAUCAUUCUUCGCUUUGCUAUUCAGGAUAUUUCAGUGGAAGAGACCUCUGCCAAAGAAGGGCUGCUGCUGUGGUGUCAAAGGAAAACUGCUCCUUACAGAAAUGUGAACAUUCAGAACUUCCAUCUUAGCUGGAAAGAUGGCCUUGGAUUAUGUGCACUUAUCCACAGACACCGACCUGAUCUUAUUGACUACUCCAAGCUAAAUAAGGAUGACCCCAUAGGAAAUAUCAACCUUGCCAUGGAAAUUGCUGAAAAGCAUUUGGAUAUCCCUAAGAUGCUCGAUGCAGAAGAUAUUGUGAACACUCCCAAACCUGAUGAGAGAGCUAUCAUGACAUAUGUGUCCUGCUUCUACCAUGCUUUUGCUGGAGCAGAGCAGGCUGAAACUGCAGCUAACCGGAUCUGUAAGGUGCUUGCUGUGAAUCAGGAAAAUGAGAGGUUGAUGGAGGAGUACGAGAGACUAGCAAGUGAGCUUUUAGAAUGGAUUCGCCGGACAAUUCCUUGGCUGGAAAACAGGACUCCAGAAAAAACAAUGCAGGCUAUGCAGAAGAAACUAGAGGAUUUCCGGGACUACCGCCGCAAACACAAACCUCCCAAAGUCCAAGAGAAAUGUCAACUGGAGAUCAAUUUCAACACCCUGCAGACAAAAUUGAGAAUCAGCAAUCGGCCAGCUUUCAUGCCAUCAGAGGGGAAAAUGGUUUCAGAUAUUGCCGGCGCUUGGCAGAGACUUGAACAAGCUGAGAAAGGCUAUGAAGAGUGGCUGCUGAAUGAAAUACGAAGGCUAGAAAGACUUGAACACUUGGCUGAGAAAUUUAGGCAGAAAGCUUCCACUCAUGAACAGUGGGCAUAUGGCAAAGAGCAGAUCUUGCUUCAGAAGGAUUAUGAAUCUGCUUCUCUGACAGAAGUCCGCGCCAUGUUAAGGAAACAUGAAGCUUUUGAGAGCGAUUUGGCUGCUCACCAGGACAGGGUGGAACAGAUCGCUGCCAUUGCCCAGGAGCUGAAUGAACUGGACUACCAUGAUGCUGCAAGUGUCAAUGAUAGAUGCCAAAAGAUAUGUGACCAAUGGGACAGCCUGGGAACACUUACUCAGAAAAGGAGAGAGGCACUGGAGAGGACAGAGAAGUUGCUCGAAACAAUUGAUCAGCUUCACCUGGAGUUUGCCAAAAGAGCUGCUCCUUUCAACAACUGGAUGGAAGGUGCUAUGGAAGACCUACAGGACAUGUUUAUUGUUCAUAGCAUAGAAGAAAUUCAGAGUUUAAUCUCUGCACAUGAUCAAUUUAAAGCUACUUUGCCGGAGGCAGAUGGUGAAAGACAGGCCAUACUGUCAAUCCAGAAUGAAGUUGAAAAAGUUAUUCAGAGUUACAGCAUGAGAAUAAGUGCAACUAAUCCUUACAGCACUGUUACUGUGGAUGAGAUUCGUAGCAAGUGGGAAAAGGUGAAGCAGCUGGUGCCCCAGAGGGAUCAAUCCUUGCAGGAGGAACUAGCCCGUCAGCAUGCCAAUGAGCGCCUGCGUCGCCAGUUUGCUGCUCAGGCCAAUGUCAUUGGGCCAUGGAUCCAGACCAAGAUGGAGGAAAUUGCCCGCAGCUCUAUUGAAAUGACAGGGCCUUUGGAGGACCAGAUGAAUCAGCUGAAGCAAUAUGAGCACAAUAUCAUUAACUAUAAACACAACAUUGACAAACUGGAAGGAGAUCAUCAGCUUAUACAGGAAGCUCUGGUGUUCGACAACAAGCACACCAACUAUACUAUGGAGCACAUCCGUGUUGGAUGGGAGCUCCUGCUUACCACCAUUGCUCGAACUAUCAAUGAGGUUGAGACUCAGAUCCUCACAAGAGAUGCCAAGGGUAUCACCCAGGAACAAAUGAAUGAUUUCCGAGCAUCAUUCAAUCAUUUUGACAGGAGGAAGAAUGGAUUGAUGGACCACGAUGAUUUCAGAGCUUGCUUAAUUUCAAUGGGUUAUGAUUUGGGUGAAGCAGAGUUUGCCCGAAUCAUGUCUCUGGUUGACCCCAAUGGGCAAGGAACUGUCACUUUCCAGUCCUUCAUUGACUUCAUGACCAGAGAAACGGCAGACACAGACACAGCUGAGCAAGUGAUAGCUUCCUUCAGAAUCCUGGCUUCAGAUAAGCCUUAUAUCCUGGCAGAUGAGUUACGCCGAGAGCUGCCUCCUGAGCAAGCUCAAUACUGCAUCAAGAGAAUGCCUCCAUACACCGGCCCAGGUUCUGUUCCUGGGGCUCUGGAUUACACCUCAUUUUCGUCAGCACUGUAUGGAGAGAGUGACCUCUGAAUGUGUAAUUGGCCAUCUUCACGGUAGACACUAAAAAUACCCACCUUAUUGCCCAGAUUGCUUCUCAAAAGCUUUGACAAGCUGAUUUAAAAAUGAGUUUUACAAAUACAGUAGAUACCGUCAGUGUAAAGUACUAGUAACUAAAGUAACUAGUGUAUAUUCAAGUGUGUAGCAUGCUAGAUUUCUGCAUUGUUGAUUUUAGGUUGUCUGUCCCAUACAGUGAUAGAAAAAAUAU